CCUGCUGACACACUGUUUAAAAAGACAGAGUCCUUCAUUGACCACAUGCAUUAUUUUCAACCUCUUACCUUCACACUUUCAAAUCUGACAAGUCUUACUGCAACCAUGAAAUACUUGGCUCUGGCUUUGCUGCUAUGUUCUCUGCCUUCACUGUCAGAUGCUGCCUGCUAUUACAUGAAUCCUGAGUUAGGUGAGACCGCAACCCACUGUCAGGAUUAUGUUGAUAAAACAUGGCAUCCUGUGGGAUCUACAUGGAGAAACAGUGAAUGCAGGAACUGUGGUUGCUCUUUAUGUUGCGAUGCGUAUUCCACCCCCAGACAUUUCCCUGACGACUGUGUGUCAGUGUUUGACUGGGAAGAAUGUGUAUACAUAGUGCACAAGAAGGAUGACCCCUCCGUGCAAUGUCCAAUUUAUGCUGCAGUUGGGAAAUAAUGGAGAAAUAAUGCAGAUGUGCUCCCUUACUGGACUCUCAGAGCAAUGAAGUUUUUGUUUAAAUGCAUGACCAAGAGUUGCUGAAAUGUAACAAAUGGACAUGAAAUAAGAGAAUGCCUCUUAAAUAGAAAAACUCAAACCAUUGCAAA